CCUCGUUGAUGUGCAUGUACAUUUGAUUACCUGAGCCUCGUUCACGUCCAGCCCUGUGCCUUCCUGGUGUUUUUUUGAGAUCAUUACCUGUAGUUCCACCUACGACAUUUUUCAUUCCACAAGGCGGCCUGAGGUAGGAAGUACUAGGAAAUUCGAGCAGUCAUCGUCAUCCUCUCGAGAAAGCGAUCACAGGCGACCACAAUAGACACUCUGAAUCGGACGAAAGCGAAAAAAAUCAUGUCUCAAUGGUUUGUGUAUGGUUCGGAGCCGCCGGCUUUGAAAGUACAAUUCGGAAAAUCCGACCGUGUGCGACGAAUCCUGAGCGAGUAUUUCCAGAGCCACUGGGACUACAACAAUGUCAGCACCACGGACCCGAAAGACACAACCUUCUACCUCUACGGAGUCGGGCGACGCAAAUAUCCGGAGUUCCGCGGGUUCCCGCUGUCUCUCAGACCCGAUAGGGCGUUUCUGGACACAGCCGAUCACGAUCUCAACAACGGCGCUGGCGUUAAUACGAGCAAGAAAAAUACAAACGGACGAACGCUUGCGCAGCAGCAACAGAGAAGCUCGAGUGGGAAAGGGAGGAGUAAUUCAAGAAAUGGUAAUGGAAGCCACCAUGGAGGAGGUCGGGGUGCUUCUAAUGCUCGGCAGCCGCAGCGCAGCACCGCGGCGGGCCCCUCGACCGCGUUCCUGCUUCCCGAGGAACUCUAUGCGAGAUGGGAUCGGCCGGUGAAGUGGUCUCUGUAUGACCACAGCAGAAAGGACGUCGGCAGAGAUGGCGAGGAGGGCGUUUUGCUUAUGUCGUCGACGAACGAAACGGCGUUCGUGGAAGACGCAAUAUGGCCGAGUGGGAAUGAGCUGCGAGUGACCUACUACAAACCAAAAGCCACGGGGGUGCCGCAAGGACGAGAGGAGAAGCUGAGCAGAUAUUUGAGCAGUAUAGAACAAGAACAAAUGUUUGCAUUUUAUUCACACAGCUCAAACAACCACAAAAGCACGCCCGUGUUCACAGACCACCUCCAACCGCUUCUUUCAUCGACGUUAGAUUGUCGUGACUGAUAAAGUUUUAAGGUAGACCAGCCACAUAGAUAUGAUGAAGCAUGCAGCUGCGUUGUACGAACUUACCAGGAACAAAACGUCAGCAUCAUGACUGCAGUUUUUACUUCCUCAGGAAGAUUCUACCUGAACAAAAGCAAAACCUAUCCUUUACCUCCAGAUGUCCUCCGACACAAGGCGGGGAGUAUGGGGCUCAACAUUCGCCCCGACGGCUAUGUCUCCGUGGAAGACAUUUUCUGGCACAAGCAGGUCAGGAAACAAUUCUGGCCCCCACUAACACCAAUCGAGAUUGACUGGCUGGUGAAAGCGAACCAGAAGCAGCGAUUUCAAUUGGAACUUUUCGAGUACCCGGGCAUGAUGAUUCGCUGCACGCAGGGCCACUCGGUCGCGCAGGUCACCGUGGAGCAGUCCUGUCAGGAGAUAACGUCCGUCGAAGAGUAUUUCGCGAUCACGGGAACAAAGCCGAGAAUGAAUAAUUUUGGCACUACAAGCGGAGCGGCUGCAGCAAGUGCGGGGGGAGCGGGUGCGGGGAGCUGCGCCGUAGUGGGAAAAACUAGGACCAGUACCAGCAGCAGUUUCCAACCACCACGAAUUCACACUCGAAACGGCAUGGUCAACUCGUUCGGCGUUUGCACGGCACCGAGCGAUAGCGUGCGAGGAGAGAUACACAUGCGCCAGCAAGUGAUUCGACGUGGUUUGCAGGAGCAGCGGGAAACUGAUAGGCUGCAGCUUCAAGAAGAAAAUCAAAAUACUAAAAGUGCUAAAUCAAGGCAAAAAGAUCAGAAGAGAUCCUCUAGAAGCAACCCCCCCGCCACCGUUAUCCACGGGACGUACGAGGCAUGCCUGAAGCAAAUACUGGAGUCAGGCGGGUUGAAAACGAUGGGAAGAAACGAGAUCCACUUUUCGAGCCAAGUGCCCUCCGUGGAGGAGAACACGAUGGUGGUUUCUGGGAUGCGUGGAGACUGCGAUUUGGUGAUAGAGGUCGACCUUGCCAGGUGUUUACGGCAUGAGGUAAAGUUCUUCUACGCCCAGAAUGGGGUCAUUCUCUCGAAAGGCAGGCGGGACAGCGGGAUUCUCUGUACAGCGUUUUUUUCGAACGUUUACCUGAGGUCGGAGGGGCCGCAAAACCCGCACUGGCGAUGGAAAGCGUAUCAGUGGGAUCAGGAAAGAAAAAGAUUGGAGAAUAGGCUGGGGUGACGACGAAAAGACGACUAUAAGUACUUUCUUUGUCAUCAAGUGCUAAUAGACUAAGCUGGUUGAACAUCGCGCUGUUGGUGUUGGUCCCCUCAUCAUCGAGACAUGCACGUGCUUCCUCCGCCACUGUUGUUGUGACAGAUAGCUCUUUACACGGAUGCGUACCUUCUAAGUACUCAUGGGCAUCUGUCACGACCUAUUCCGGAUCUGACCCAUGAUGGCCGCAUUGCGCAUGAUUUUUGUGCGCCACGAAUGAAAGGAAAAACCUGCCGCGUCC